AUGUCGUUAGUACACGGUCAAACAAAUCUAAAUGAAUCUGAAUUUCUUAUAGAAAGGGCGUUUAGCUCAAGUUCAGAAAAUGUUGCAUUUUCUAAGGAGGCAACGUACCCUAUGCCUAAUGCAUAUAGUUUUUCAACAGCUAGGAGUAACAGCGAGACUAACAUCAAAAGAGAGAGUCCACAGGGUUUGGUCGGAGAACCUCAUAUGACUUCUAUGCUUCACAAUUUUUCCAUGUCCACGGCGCAUGGGAAUGGGAACGGAAAUGAUAGCAGCUCUUUGGCGCCAAAUGAUAUUGACGUUGGCCCUUACUGCCUAUUAUUAAGGAACUUACCGAAGGACAUCACCUUAAGAGAAUGCUAUUGUAUAUUCUCGUUGGCUACGGGAGUAUCGAGUAUAGAACUAAGAAAGGAUAACAAAGAACCCUCCAAUGAAAAUGAAAAAGUUAUUGUGGUUAAAUUUGGAUCCUUACCGUUAGUUACACAUUAUGCUAAUAUUUUGAAUUCGAAAUCUGAAAUUUUCGGACCUAGCUUUCCAUUCAGAUCUCAUAUUGAUGUGGUGAAUGAACAAACGCAACUGCCAGUGAGUUUUCAAGAACAUGCUACAGCUAGCACAACAAACAGCUCACCCAGGAAUUACCAAUUAUCUUCUAGUGCGCAAAACGAAAUCCAAACUCAAACUUUCAAUACUGUAUCACACGCGGCAUCUAAUUCUUCUCCUCUAGGACCAGCGUCAGCCAAAAUAAGGCCCUCACUACUUUCUGAAAGAUCCUUGCGUUUUUCAUUCAAUGAUCCUUUUGGGCUAGAAACAGGUUCUCAGAGGAAGGAAUCAGUGCCUUUCCUGCGAAACAGUAUCUCACAGCACGAUUUAUCCACUGUAACCACUACUCCAUUACCAGCAGGAAUUCCGCCCUCAAAAGAUGCCGGUAAAUCCCUAUUGCUAUUAGAAAAAGAUGAAAUAAAUGAAAGCAUUUGGAAUGGUGAUGAAUUGGCUAAUGAUGUUGGUGGUUCUUCAUUCAGUGCAUCUUUACAACAGCCUCCGAUGUCUUCAACACCUGUAAUGGAGUGGAAUUCUUCCUCGUCUACUAAUAUUCCUGUUUUUCAAUUAUCUGGCCAAGACAAUCGUCAAUCUGCUCUGUUACAGCCAUCGCAUCAUUCUAUCAGCCAGAAUGUUCCACAUAUUCAAUCACAACCCAAUUUGAACAAUUCAGGAGUAAUACGUUCUACAGCCUCUCUACCACAGUAUCAUAUGUUGAAUCAAAUGAGUGGUACUACCAAUGCGCAUAACGUGCAACAGCAUCUUUCAAAUGUUCCAUCUAAUUUAGAGCUUAACUUGCAAACCGAACAUAACCACUCACAAUCUUCUGCUCCUAAUGGUUCUUCAAUUUUCAAUAACCAAAAAAUAAAUCAAGGUUUUUUAACAAGUGACCAAGAUACUACUGGACUACCACAACAGAAAGAACCAUCUUCUACUGCUGCUUCUGCUUCUGCUUCUGUUUUCCCGAAGAAUAAUGAAACAAAUGUGGCAGGUUCCACAACUAUAUCACAGGCUGACUUGUCAUUAUUGGCUAAAGUGCCUCCACCGGCUAACCCUGCGGACCAAAAUCCCCCAUGUAAUACUUUAUAUGUGGGUAAUUUACCGCCUGAUGCAACGGAACAAGAAUUAAGGCAAUUGUUUUCUAACCAACAGGGAUUCCGCAGGUUAUCUUUCAGGAAUAAAAUGAACACGCACGGCCAUGGCAACGGUCAUGGACAUGGUCCAAUUUGUUUCGUGGAAUUUGAAGAUGUCAGCUUUGCCACUAGGGCAUUAGCUGAAUUAUAUGGUAGUCAAUUGCCUCAUCCUCGUCCUUCAUUAAAUAACAAAGGAGGUAUUAGAUUAAGUUUUUCCAAAAACCCCUUAGGUGUGAGAGGUUCAAACAGCAGGAGCAAAACUGGAUAUAGUUUCAAUGGAAGUUACGGAAAAUCAUGA